UUGGCGCCGGUGAAAAUCAGUCCUACACAUUUUCAACAUGUCAGGCUGUAAGAAGCCGCGGGCUGUAGCAAAUCCUCUGGAAUCGACUAUUACAACACCGAGUGAAAGAAUACUGAAAGAAUGUCACGAUUUAUAUAUCGACAACGACAACGGAUUGGUGAAAAUUGCAGAGAGUUUGGGAGUGAGGCUCUUACCGCCGCGGAAAAAGAUCAUAGUUAUGAUUAUGGGAAACCAUUCGGCCGGAAAAAGCUCCUUUAUUAACUGGUAUGUAGAAGAGCACAUACAGAAGACAGGUGUUGCCAUUGAGACACAAGGCUUCACGUUUAUAACUAGUGGAAGAAAACGAGAGUCACUAACUGGAAAUGCAACAUUACACCUCUACCCGCAUUUCAGACCUCUGCUGGAGUUCAAAGGUGUCACGGAUUACCUGAGCGCUGAGAUUUCCACCUCCAAACAGAAGAAAUUCAGCCUGGUGACGUUUGUGGACACUCCAGGGUUGGUGGAUGGAGAUAUGGUGUACCCUUUUGAUGUCAACUGUGCCAUUACUUCUUUUGGUGAACAGGCGGACCUCAUCUUUGUGUUUUUUGACCCGAUGGGACAAGCGUUGUGCAAGCGUACGUUGAACAUCGUUGAGAAGCUGAGUGAGAAAUGUGGAGACAAACUGCGAUUUUACCUGAGCAAAGCUGAUGAGGCUGGACGAGAAACAGACAGACAGCGAGUGAUGAUGCAGAUCGUCCAAGAGCUGUGCAGGAGACCUGGACUCAAUAAAUGUGGCUUCGAAAUGCCCACAAUAUACAUCCCCAACCCUCAAAAACCCAGCAGAUGCGUCAACCAGAUUGAUGAGGUUUGUGAAACCAUAGAGAAGAGCAUAAACCAGGCAGUGCAGAAAACACUUGACCAGUUGGAGAAAGACUGUAAUCUGAUCCUCUCUACCAUCAACCGUACACUGGAACAGGACCGGAUGAAUGUGAGCAGUAAUAAAAGCAAUCGUUUUAAUUCUUUCCUGUGUGGAGUUCUGGGAAUCUUCCUUCCAUCGAUCUUCAUCCUCAGCUUCAUCAUCAGCACUUUCGCUCCAGAGGAAUUGGACUCUCUUGUCGGAGAGGGUUUGACUAAAACACUCUAUAUUUCAACAGGAGUAGUCGUGUAUCUGUGGGACUGGAUACCUGAAGACUGGCAGAUAAUGUUUGUGAUCAUCUUCAGUACUGCGUGCUACUUUAUGUUCUUUCUAGCCAAGUAUUUUGCACGCCAGGGCAGUAAGACGCUGACUAAGAGAGAGAAGAAGAAACUGGCUGAGUACAGUGAUUACAUCCAAGAUGUUGUCAAAUCCAAGAAGCGCAAACUGUAUGAGGAGUAUCUUCGCCAGUGUGCUGCAGAAUAUGAUUUCUGAAGGAAGCCAGCAUGACAGAGUCAUCAGAGUCAUCUGGAUAAUUUAUACAAAGCACAUCCAUGCGUGAAAUACUGAUGUAGUUUCAUAUUUACACAAGUGAGAAUAACAAAUCAGUGCCUUUUUGUUAAAUGUGAAUAGUGUUGAACAAAAUGUGAUAUACAAACAUGACCUCAAUGUUAUCUUACACCAGCUAGUUUUUCUACAUGAAUCAUUUUUAAUAAUCAGAUCCAGAACUGUUUAUAGCCAAUAAGCUGCAUUAUAUGAUAUACUGAGACAUUAGCCUGGUUUCUGUGGCCUUCUUUUGAUCUCCAGGUGCACUGUGGGAGAAACCAAAGGUACCAAAUUCAACCUCACAUACUCAGUGUUUAUUUUAUAAAUCACAUUUGUAUUUUUUUAUAAUGUAACAGAAGAAUUUCUCCCAGCAGCCACAGAAAAAACUUUAAUUCACUUUAGGUCUUCCUGUCAUUCAUAUGUAUUUGAAUGUACGGUUGCAUGUUUGUCUAUGUACAUUGUUUAUAUAUGAUUGUUUGGUGUUUUAAAGUGAUGCUACCUAAAAAUUGUAACGUUUUAAAUUUUUCUUAGGGCAUUGUUUUAUGAAUACUAAGGACUUGCAUCAUUUUCCCCCCUUUGAAAUAGCUGGUUUUGGAGAUGCAUACUAAGGGAGAUUCAGUUUUUUACCCGUCCAUGUAUACAGGGUGCAGGGUGGAAUCAUGCACUGAUCAAUUUUUUAGUUUUAUUUAAUUUAGUUAUAUUUCAUUAGCUUAUUUUAUUUAAUUUUUGUAACUUUUAAGAAACUGUAGCACUUCCAUGAUUUUGAGGAGAAAAUGCAUUUACCUCAGUGUUGCAAAAACAACUUUUUUAGGACUGCAAUAAUUCAGAUUUCAUAGUGUAAAAAAGGCUUUAAAAGGUUUUUUUUUCAGCUAUGCCAACUUUUAUCUGUCUUACAGAAAAAAUGCCAUCUUUGAUAAACUCAAAACUUUGUAUUCCACUGUCUAAGUAUAUGUGAAAGAACAAGCAGCAGAAUAAAAUGUUAUA